AUGAAAUUUUUGCUCGUUGUCGCUCUCUUGGCUGCUCCCGCUUUCGGAUGCCUUGGAGGAGGAUGUGGAUGCCCUCCACCCCCACCACCAUGCCUCUCCCUCCCUAGCCUCUGCCCGCCUCCUCCUCCUCCAUGCGGUUGCGGUGGUGGAUUCUCUUCUGGACCAGCUAUCGGAGGUGGAUAUGCUGCUCCUCCACCAGCCAUCGGAGGAGGUGGAUACGCUCAGGCUCCACCCUCAUACGCCGGACCACAAGCUCUUCCCCCACCACCAGCACCAAUCGGUGGAUACUCUGCCCCAGCUGCCCCCGUUGGAGCCUACGCCGGU